CCGGAUACAGUCUGCCACUGCCCAGAGAGGAAAACAGUCGGAGCAAUUUUCUCUAGUGAUCUGCAUAUGUAGUGGUCUCAUCCACGGCCAUAUCUAAUUUAACCUCAUUCAUUCACUCUCGGACUCAUUUCGCUUCGGGUUCACUAUAGACGGUGUGUUCCCUUCUGCUGCGUCUUUCUCCCGUAGCUUAUCGCUGUCUGCCUCGCUGGGCCGGUGAAAACCCAGGACGAUGAUCGAGCGACCAGAGACCGCUGUUCCCAGCAUCGCCCAGCGGAACCUUGAGGGCUAUGUGGGCUUCGCCAAUCUCCCCAACCAGGUGUAUAGGAAGUCGGUCAAAAGAGGUUUUGAGUUUACAUUGAUGGUUGUCGGUGAGUCUGGUCUUGGGAAAUCAACACUCAUCAACUCACUGUUCCUGACUGACCUGUAUUCUAAGGACUACCCUGGGCCAUCCCAGCGCAUUAAGAAGACUGUGCAGGUGGAGCAAUCCAAAGUGCUGAUCAAGGAAGGAGGGGUCCAGCUGACACUCACCAUUGUGGAUACACCAGGCUUCGGAGAUGCAGUGGAUAACAGUAACUGUUGGCAGCCUGUAAUAAACUACAUCGACAGUAAGUGUGAGGACUUCCUGAAUGCAGAGUCGAGGGUAAACCGCAGAUCCAUGCCAGACAACAGAGUCCACUGCUGCCUUUAUUUCAUUGCGCCCUCUGGACAUGGUCUGAAACCAUUGGACAUAGAAUUCAUGAAGAGACUCCACGACAAAGUCAAUGUUAUCCCUCUCAUUGCAAAAGCCGACACUCUGACCCCUGAAGAGUGCCAGCUCUUUAAAAAACAGAUAAUGAAAGAGAUACAAGAACACAAAAUCAAGAUUUAUGAAUUCCCAGACACGGAGGAUGACGAGGACAUCAAGCUCAUCCGAAAGAUAAAGGAGAAGAUGCCUCUGGCUGUAGUCGGCAGCAACGUGGUGAUUGAGGUGAACGGCAAGAAGGUCAGAGGUCGCCAGUACCCAUGGGGCGUGGCAGAAGUGGAGAAUGGCGAACACUGCGAUUUCACUGUGCUCCGCAACAUGCUCAUAAGAACCCAUAUGCAGGAUCUGAAGGAUGUUACCAACAAUGUCCACUACGAGAAUUAUCGCAGUAAGAAACUCGCUGCUGUCACCUGUAAUGGAGUGGACAAUUCCAAGACCAAGGGACAGCUCACAAAGAGUCCCUUGGCACAGAUGGAGGAGGAACGGAGGGAGCAUGUGAUGAAAAUGAAAAAGAUGGAGGCAGAAAUGGAACAGGUUUUCGAAAUGAAGGUGAAGGAGAAGAAGCAGAAACUGAAGGAUUCGGAGGCUGAGCUCGAGCGACGGCACGAACAGAUGAAGAGGAACCUGGAGGCGCAGUACAAAGAGCUGGAGGAGAAGAGACGAGUGUAUGAGGAUGAGAAGGUUAACUGGGAGGCUCAGCAGAGAAUCCUCGAACAGCAGAAACUGGAUGCCUCCAAGACGAUGGAAAAGAACAAGAAGAAAGGGAAAAUCUUUUGAAGAGACAAGACCUGUUCCUUCAGUUUUACUCAACCUAAUUUUCUCUUCUUCCUCUUCCUCAUGUCUACGGUGGCCCUCAGAAAACACACACACACACACACACAUACAGAUAUAUAUUCAACUCAUUCCAUAACAUUCCUCUGUGUUGCAUUUAACAUGGACACCAUUUACACACAUUUAGAUAUGCCAAUGCCCACAUCUCCCACAUGCUUACCUCUCUGCAGGGUUUUACAACGUGGGGUAAUCGUUUUCAUUUUCUUGAGGAAUGCAUGUGUUUGUGAAAGUCUAUUUUCCUAUAUAUCUGACAAAGAGGAGAAGCCUGAUUUCCUCUGAGAGUACAGUCAAAACACGGGGCAGGGAUCAUGCAUAUUAAUUCGUACAAAUGUAGUAGUUGUACAUUCUCUAGAUAUUCGUAGAUGGAUAGAUGUACUAUCUCCCUCCUCAAUGCCCUCUUUUUGUCUUGUUCUCAAAUAUGUUAUACAAGAGAAACCAAACUCAGACAUCCAGUCACAAGGAGCUUGGUGAGAGUGUGUUCGGAGAGGGGCGAGUGUACAGUAUGUGAGUGAAGGCAGGAUAACUGAGCGGCAGGCGUCAGCUGUGGAGGACGAAGUCAGGUGGAAGGGAGGCCCAGGUCCCACUAACAGAGUUGCUCAGUGAAAUGGAUCUGCGGGUCUUGGUAACAGCUCAUUGGUUAAUUAGCUGUUGAACUGAAUAAUAAGACAUUUGCAAGCUGUGAACAUGCUAGCCUUACUUCACAUCCUCCUCUCAUUUCUUUCUCUGGAUUUUUUUUGCAUUAUUACUUUCAAUAAGGUUCCAAGUGAUAGCCAGCAGAGUUGUCAGCUCAGUUGAUGGUUGAAAUAAUAAUGUGCUUGCUAAUGGACCAUAUUGUCCCUUUACAAGUUAAUUGCUCCAUUAUGAAAUAUGUAGAUAAGUGACAUAAUUAUUUACUAUAACACUUACUUGUACCAGACUGUUAUCUCA